AGUCAAGGCAGGGGAAGAAGUCGAAACGGGGCGUUCUUGUUUUUGUCAGUUGUCACACGCAGCGCAUCUGCUGUGAAAAUGCGCAUCGAAAAGUGUUAUUUCUGCUCGGGACCCGUGUACCCCGGACAUGGGGCAAUGUUUGUACGCAACGACUGUAAGACAUUCAGAUUCUGCAGAUCAAAAUGCAUCCUGAACUUUAAGAAGAAGCGUAACCCAAGAAAAACAAGAUGGACCAAAGCAUUCAGAAAGGCAUCAGGAAAGGAGCUGACAGUGGAUAACUCUUUGGAGUUUGAGAAACGCAGAAACAUACCUGUUAAAUAUAACAGGGAUCUGUGGGAGAAGACAGUGGAAGCAAUGAAGAGGGUGGAAGAAAUAAAACAGAAACGACAGGCAAGAUUCAUCAUGAACAGAUUAAAGAAGGGCAAACAGUUGGAGAAGGAAGAGGCCAUCACCGAAGUGAAGAAAAAUAUUCAUCUUAUCAAAGCACCUCAUGCAGGAAAAGCAAAACAGUUGGAAGCCAAAAUGGUGCAGAAGUUACAAGAAGACGUGGACAUGGCAGAUGAAAAUAAUUAAGCUUGUUUGUGUGGGGAAACUCAUGAGCAAGUUGACCUUGAUUUAUUUUGUACUUCUGUUUUGGAAUCAAAACUUUCCAAAUGGCUGAUGAUGGACAGUAAUUGUAUUGAGUUUUGCAUAACUGUACAACCACUGAAAGCAUUCACCGAGCCACAUCUCCGAAGCAGCAGCAGUUAACUACACAUCUUAUUUUGUUUUUUCUGAGUGACAGCUGUGGCUGUAAAGAAUUUAUUCUGUCCUGUUGCAUUGUAUAAUGUAUUACAAUAAUGCAGAAAAUGUAACCCACAAAAAAAUAAAAACGUGUUUUGGGAA